AUGGUGGGCGCAGGACCGCCUCUCCUGGUGCACCGUGGCCUGCUCUGCUUUCGGAGAGCCCAGCUCUUUCCCUACACGACGCUCUUUCCGAUCUGCUGCCUGGAGCGGCUGAAGCAGCAGGUGCCGGUGGGUACGGGGCCGUCCCGUUCCACCACGCUGAGCCUCCUGCACCGUGCCCGGCUCCACAUCCAGAGGCUGGAGGAGCAGGAACUGAGGGCACGAAGGGCCAAAGACCGGCUGCGGGACCGGCAGCGGAGCCUGCAGCGGCGGCUGGAACUGCUGCUCUUGCCCACUGAUGGGGAACGGACACGGGCCGACAGCCUGGACUCGUCCCGGCUCUCAGAGCCCUCCGAGGAAGAGGAUGCCGAGGUAGAGGUAGAUGGCGUGGUGUUCAGCGGGGAGCUGCUGCCCAGCUUUGGCACCGGGAGGGACCACAGCUACUCCAGCCCCCACAGCCCGGCAUCCUGACGGUGCCUGCUGCCUUCCCUGCACUGCCUGCCUGCCUCCUUCCUGCUGGAAACCCAGCCUUGGCCAGCCUCACCACAGCUGCCAGGCUAAGGGGCCACAGAUGGGGGCAAGAGUCCAGCUUUACCCCCCACAGUUGGGUGGCACUGGCUGUGGCACUGGGUGUAUGGGGCUGGCACUGCACUGUGGCACCCGCUGUGCACCACAAGCACUGGAAGAGGUGCUGGAAGAAGGCCCAGCUGUCACUGAGGACACCCUCCUGCAUUCCCCUGUGCACCCCGGGCAAUCUGGGGACUGUGGACGGUGCUGCCCACUGCAGACAUGACUACAGGAAGGCUCUCCUGCCCCUGGAGCGCCAGGAAGGGGAAACAAGUGCAUUAAGCAAUCUGCCUUUGUGCUCCCGCAGCCAUCCCGCUCUCUUGUACAGACCUGACACUUUAUA